ACUGUAAAAUAACAAUGUGUUAUUAAUUCAAAAUAUUAAUAGUAUUAUUUCCUUUCAGAUUCCUUUCAACUGGAUUAUCUUACAGAGCUUUAGCAUUUUAAUUCCGCAUAUCGUGUUGGACAAAUUAUAUACAAAGUAUGUGAAGCAAUAUGGACCACUCUGAGGAAUAUCCAUAUGCCAUUUCCUACUGUGCAACGAUUUCAACAGGCAGCAGAAGAAUUCGAAGCACUAACCGGAUUUCCCAACGUAUGCAGCUGCAUCGAUGGGAAACAUGUGCGCAUUAAGUGCCCUAAUUCAUCCGGAUCGUUAUUCUACAAUUAUGAAAAUUAUAAUUCUAUUCAUUUGCAAGCGAUAAGAGAUGCGAAAGGAAAAUUUUUGACAAUAGAUAUAGGAGAUUAUGGAAGAAGGGCUGAUAGUGGAGUUUUUUUUGUAGAAAGUGACACGUUCCGAAAUAUUGAGCAUAACAUUUUGAAGUUCCCUCCAGCCAGAGUAAUAGAUGGUUUAGAGCUGUCUUAUGUGCUUCUAGGAGAUCAGGGUUACCCAUUAAAACCAUACCUAAUGAGACCGUACUCAACAGGAGACGAUGAUGAUGAAGGAGUGUAUAAUUGUUUUUUAAGUAAGAUUAGACGAUCAGUUGAAUGUGUUUUUGGAAUGUUGGUUAGCAAAUGGGGAUGUUUGAAAACCGAGCUGCAGGUCAACCAGGAUCAUGUUGAUACAAUUGUAAAAACCACGUGUUUGCUGCACAACAUUUGUAUCGACUUUAGGGAAAGUCAGGGAUCUCAAUGGUUUAAUCCUAUCAAUCGUAAAAAUGAAACGGCGUCGUUAAGCCGGCGUUUCAACCAUUCAAGUCAGCAAGCAAAUUACAUACGAGACAAAUUUAAAAAUUAUAUUGUGCGAAAUAUUGUUCAUGUAACUGAUGCAUAAUGUAGUACAUGCAAUAAAAUAAAACAUAUGUAUGAAAAGUUACAAAACAAGUUAAUGAAAAGUUACAAACAAGAAUGAUUUGAUGCCAGCGUUAAUAUAGUAAUCAAUGAGUGUUGAACAAUCUAAUUAAUGAAUUAAGAAUCGUAAUGAAUAAUGUUUUUUUUUUUGUUCGGUAAGAACGGCCUGGCCGUAUCAAGACUUUUUUUUACCACGUAGCAGGAUAGUCAGUCCAUGAUACGGGGGACUGACACCGGUGGCGAACGGAUUUUCGUCGUUCGAAGCCCUUACUGCCCUCGAGUGAGUUUGAUGAAGGGGCCAUAACAGCUCCAAUGCUGUCCUGAUGGGGCGACCGAACAUUUCAUCAGCUGAAAUUUUCUGCAUGCUCAACUGCGCGUUUGGGGUCGAUCGAUACGUCAUGAGGAAAAGCUCCAGCCCCUCAUGAAGGGAUGUUUCGUCACUCCGCAUCUUCCGCAGUGCUCGUUUCAGCGUAUCGACGAAGCGCUCCGCCUGUCCAUUCGAUUGCGGAUGGUGCUGUAAUGAUAUGCUCGAUCCCGUUGCUGUUGCAAAACUCCUCAAACAGUCCGCUUGUAAAUUGGGGAACGUUGUCACUAACCAGCGUUUCCGACAUACCGAAGCGAACGAAGAUGUUCCGUAGCAUGGAGAUGGUGGUAGAAGUGGUUUUACUCAUUGUUUUGUAGAUUUCAAGCCAUUUGGAGAAAGCGUCAACCACGACUAAAAAGUAAAAACUUUCGAAUGGCCCAGCGUAGUCUAUGUGCACUUUACGCCAAACGCCCGUCGGUGUUGACCAUGUUGCUGGUGUAGUUCGAGGGGGUGCUUUUGCGGCUGCCGUAGCUUACAAUGUCGUCGUCGAUUCUUGGCCAGUACAAGUAGCUGCGCGCGAUCGUCUUCAUUCUCUGCAUUCCCGGAUGUCCCUUGUGCAGCUGGAGCAAACAACGGAAACGCAGCUUCUUUGGGAUGACCACUCUCUCCGAGAAGAAUGCAAUCCUCAACGGUGGAGAGAGAUUCCUUCCUAUUGUGGUACCGAGCCAAAUCUGCUCCGAAAGUAACAUCAUGGGGCCAUCCAUCUUGCAGGUACUUACAGGGUUUAUCAGGUCAAUAUGGCAUCUGAAAGGCAUAGUUCGCCGGCCAGAACAUGUAUUUCGUUUCCUGUCAAGUAUUUCAUUUGCCUCAACAUGAAAAUCCUGUUGCCCAAUAUGAUUUUAGAGAUUAUUGCUUUAGCUUUUUCACCGGGAUUGUUGCCUGCUCCUGCUCGUUAUUUGUACCAUAUUUUCUAAUUUAUUUUUUAUGCUUUUUUAUAGUUUUUUUUUAAAUAAAAUCAUAUCAUUUAAUAAAGGGUAAGGGCACAGCUUUACGCUGUUGUGCCAUUUGAAGCAGAAUUUGUUAGAUUCAUUAAAUUAUGAAAAGUUUUAUCACGAACAUUUCGAAAACAUGCAUGUGUAUGUGUAGCAUGUGUCAAACCGAAUCCGAGCAAAAUGUAAACAAAAAAAAUUUAGCAUGGUACUUUUUAUUCCAGCAAUUAUAUAUUUCGAAUAGAUGAACGGAGGAAAUAUAAUUGCAUUGCAAAAAAUAGUUUAUUAGUUCUUUUACACUCCGUGCACAAUAUCAAACCGUUUUAUUGCAUUCUACGCUAUUACAGGAUUUUUAAACCUGGCACUCAUAUGCUUUCGAAAUGUUCGUGAUAAACCUCCUCAUAAUUUAAUGAAUCUAACAAAUUUUGCUCCAAAUGGCACAACAGCGUAACGCUGUGCCC